AUGGGAGGCGAUGGACAGGCGCUGGCGAACAAACGUUCGCUGCUUCAGAAGUCAAGAGUUUAUGUCACUGCGGCUGACUUAGAGUCAGGACAGGCAAAGGAGAAAACAUCGCAAAAGUCACGAACGGUGGAGCGAUGGAGUCACUGCGCGCUCUCUCUGCAACCGCUAGAGGCACCGGCAGUGUUUGACGGGGCUGGUGAUAUUUUCUCGAAGCAGAGCGUCGUUAACUAUCUGCUCGAUCGUAAGGAGCGUAGUAACGGUGCAGUAGGAGAGAGGGAGGACAAGUUUUGCAUAAAAAAGCUCACAGAUGUGAAAGAGAUUGCGAAUGAGGUAGGUAGCGAUGGAAGUGUCUGUUGUCCUAUUACGGAUUACUCCACAGUCUCAGGAGUGCACUCCUUUGUCGGUUUCUGGGGAUGCGGGCAUGUUGUGUCUGCUUCAACACUGAGCAAAUCGAGCGAUCUAACGUCACAGAUCGACGUUGAAUGUCCUUUUUGCGGCCUUGAAUCGUUUUACGUUCGCCUCAUUUGCGAAGACGCAGAAGACGCGGAGAAUCAACAGACGUUUUUGCGGCAUUACAUCAAGAGGUCCCGAAAGCGCGUGCGGGAUGAUGAUGCGGAUUAG